GACAACCGCGUUAUUGGCAGGCGCCUGCCACUGUCUUCCACGCACACAACAGUCUCUCAUAGCUCAGCCUCUGGCACGGGCAAGUGCGGCUCCAGCGUUAAAGAAACCUUUCACUCUCAGGGCGAUAUGGAGGACGACCCAAAUCAGCACAUAAAGGAGGGGAACGGGGUGGUCCAGCGGGUCAUUCGGAUUGGAACCAGAAAGAGUCAGCUUGCUGUCAUUCAGACAGAGAGUGUGGCUAAAAAACUCAAGGAGUUGUAUCCUGGUGUUGACCUGAAGACGGUCGCCAUGUCUACAUUAGGAGACAAAAUCCUGGACACAGCUUUGUCAAAGAUUGGAGAGAAAAGCCUUUUCACAAAGGAGCUGGAGAAUGCUCUUGAAAGAAAUGAGGUUGACCUCGUAGUGCACUCACUCAAGGAUCUUCCCACAGUACUGCCUGAGGGCUUCACCAUUGGAGCUGUGCUCAAGCGUGAAAACCCUCACGACGCAGUUGUCCUCCAUCCGAAGAAUGCAGGACAAACCCUGGACACGCUGCCAGCAAAGAGCGUGAUUGGCACCAGUUCACUCCGCCGUGCUGCUCAGCUCAAGAAAAGAUUUCCUCACCUGGAGUUUAAGGACAUUAGAGGGAACCUGAACACGCGGCUAAAGAAGCUGGAUGAGAAGGACGACUUUGCCGCCAUUAUCCUGGCUGCAGCUGGAAUGCGUCGCAUGGGGUGGGAGGGCCGCAUCAGUCAGGUUCUGGGCCCUGAUGAUUGCAUGUAUGCUGUUGGGCAGGGGGCACUGGCAAUAGAGGUGAGGGCUCAAGACCGGGACAUUGUGGACAUGGUGUCUGUGCUGAACGACUUGGACACUGUUCUGCGCUGCAUCGCCGAGAGGGCCUUCCUCAAACACCUGGAAGGUGGCUGCAGUGUCCCAGUUGCUGUUCACACAGAACUUAAGGACUUCAAGCUCUGCCUCACUGGGGCUGUGUACAGUCUAGAUGGUUCAGACAACCUGAAAGAGACCAUGUGGACCAGUGUGACUCCAGCCAAUCAGGUGGAAGAGGUGGUCAGUGAGGGGGUCCAGCACGUGGGGGUCACCGCCCGCAAUGUGCCGGGAGGGGCCCAGGAAGCAGCGGAGAAGCUGGGGGUGGACCUGGCCACGCUGCUGCUGGAGAGGGGAGCGGGAGAGAUCUUGAAGGCGGCCCGGCAGCACAACGAGGCCCGGUAACUCUGCCCUGGGGCCCGGGUCGGCUCCACGCUCGCAGGACUUCCUGUCUGGGCGUAGGCAGAGAGGGGCUGCUGGUUUGGACCGUCACCACCCACCUGCAUGUCCGAACUCAGAGACACACUGUCCACCUUCCCAUCGGCCCACUCAGCUUCACCGACCCCUCUCUGAUGAGCUUAAUCUAACACAUCUUCUGAUCAACCGAGAAGUGGAACCAACGCAACAUUAGUCAUUAUUCUCAGAGGAAAUUGGAAGUGCAAGGGGUUUUAGUAUCUGCAAUGGAGUCUCAUCCAAACAAGGAUCUUCUCAGUAAAUAUUUUGUCUGAUCAGAUGAAUACUAUGGAGAUUAGUAGUUUGGGAUUGUUUUCCGCUUUCUGUUUUGGGGGGAAAAACAUCUCAAAUUUGAAGAUGGAAGCAACUGCACGACAUUAAAUAUUUGUCAGACCAGAAACUAAGCAGCAGAAGCAAGAACUUCUUCAGUCCAACAAAGGCACUGACCUUAAUGAAAAGUGGAUGCCUGGAAUGUGUACAUUUUAAGUGUUUUAUAUUUACAUUCCAUGU